AUGGCGGCUGCCACACAGUGCGAGGCGCCACCCGCUCUUGCAGCAGAAUGGGGCAUCCCUUGCCCCUACGGAGUCAUCGCAAAUAUUGAACAAGACCAACACUUUGGCAAAAUCCUGAAGCUACAGUUCUGGAAUCAUAUUUCGAAAAAAAAGUUCUGCAGGAGGGAACUUGACUUUGUGGGAUUCCAUGUAGGCUGGGACUCUUAUAAGCCUACUGAUGAACGUCUUGCAGCAAUUAGGAAUUUCAGCAUGCCAGAGAUGCCUUCGCUGACGGACAUUCGCUCGUGGGAGCUGCUGCAGAAACCACAAGGCAAGCGGGUAUACUGGGACUCAAAGCUUCAGGAGAAAUUCCUACGAGCAAAAGACGUGGUAUGCCAGCUGGCUAAGGACGGCCUGACCUUUCAUGACAAGGAGCGACCUACCAUCGCUAUUACGGACUGGAGUAAAGUGGGCAUAGGGUUCAUUAUCCUGCAGCAGUACUGUGACUGCUCAGCAAGGGAUGCCCCAUUCUGCUGCAAGAGCGGGUGGCGCCUCGCACUGUGUGGCAGCCGCCAUCUGACACCUGCUGAGACAAGUUAUGCUCCAGUGGAGGGUGAGGCUCUGGCAGUGGCUUGGUGUCUUCGCAAGUUUCUAGAAGGCAAGCGAAACCAUGCAGCUGACUUUCUGUCCCGCUACCCAGCGCUCCGUGCGCUGCCUGAGGCCGCAGAUAAGGACCAAGCAGACGACCUGGAGGUCGCUGUGGCUGCUGCAACCACUACUGCACUUUUUGGGGAUGACUGCAUCACACUUGACUACACCACCGUGCAGCACGUUGCCUCCAAGGACCUGGAGUGUCAGCUGCUAAUAACCAAGGUGUCUGCAAGUGAUUGGCACCAACAUCGUGCUCAGGAAAUGGCCUGUCUGCGUCAGUUCUACAACAUGAGGGACAGGCUAGCUGUUUGGCAGGGUCUGGUGACAUACACGUUUGACCAGGGAGCUGUCCGCCUUGUGAUACCAGAGGCUCUACAUCAUCAGGUCGCAUCCAACCUCCAUGUAGGUCACCAAGGACUUGACAGCAUGUUUCGGAGGGCAAGGCAGGCAGUGUACUGGCCUGGAAUGGAAGGUGACCUGCAGUUCUACCGUGAUCUAGAGGGACAGACGUACAUUGUGUAUGCUGACAGGUGCACAGGCUGGCUAGAGAUUAGUCACCUGCCCCAUGGUGCUACAUCAAGUAGGAUAAUGGUCUUGUUCCACCAGUACUUUGCACGAUGGGGCGUCCCAGAGGGCAUAUCAACUGACGGCGGCACCAACCUAACUAGUUAUGAAGUGUGCAAGUUCUUGAACAAGUGGGGCGUUGUAAUGAGAAUAUCCUCUGCUCAGUAUGCACAAUCAAAUGGCCGGGCCGAGGCAGCGGUCAAGUCGGCCAAGAGACUGCUACAUGGGAAGAUGGGGACCAGAAGCAGUCUGGAUUCAGACAAGGUCUCGAAAGCUCUGCUGCAGUACCUGAAUACGCCCCUUCGGGAAGUGAAUAAAUCACCUGCCCAACUAACUAUGGGACGUCAGCUGCGAGACGGAAUACCGGUGCACAGGCGGUACUAUAAGAUAGACAUGCAUUGGCAGCGGGCUCUACGUACAAGAGAACUAGCAACGGCCCGACAACACAGGAACAUAGUGGAGCAGCAUGGGACGCCAAGGACCCUCGUUCCCCUGACACCUGGUGCACCAGUGUGUGUGCAAAACCAAGCCACAAACGUUUGGUACAGACGAGGCAUGGUUGCAGAGGCACUUCCGAACCGUCAGUACUCCAUCAGGCUGGAUGGUAGUGGUCGUAUCUCGAUUCGUAAUUGGAGGCACCUACAGUCUGUCCGGGUUACCAUGAGAACCCCACAUUCAACACCAGAACCAUGUAGUACAAUAUGUGCUUUUAAAUCACUAGUCAAAUAUGAAAUUAUUGUUCAGUAUGCUUUUGUUCAAUCAGUACAUUUCAAUUACCCGUUCCAGAAUUAUUCAGUUAUUCCAGGGCGUGAGACUUCACGCUCACGCUCACGACUGGCUGGACGCAUGCUCCCGUAG